AUGGCUCUGGAGAAUGUAUGCAAUUGGCAGGCCUCUGAAGCCCUGAGCCCUCACCUCCCUGGGGCUGGGGACUGGGCUUUCCCCAGGGGCUAUGACCCUUCUAUCUUUCUACAGACACAGGGUCCAGAACUGGCACAUGGCACCACCACAUUAGCCUUCCGAUUCCGCCAUGGGGUCAUUGCUGCAGCUGACACCCGAUCUUCUUGUGACUCCUAUGUGGCUUGCCCUGCUUCCCAGAAGGUCAUCCCUGUCCACCAGCACCUUUUAGGCACAACCUCAGGCACCUCAGCUGACUGUGCCACCUGGUACCGAAUACUGCAACGGGAAUUGCGCCUUCGGGCUCUCAGGGAGGGCCAGCUGCCCAGCGUGGCAGGGGCUGCCAAGCUUCUCUCCACUAUGCUGUACCGUUACCGGGGGCUGGGGCUGUGUGUGGCCACAGCCCUGUGUGGUUGGGACCAGACUGGCCCUGCCCUCUUUUAUGUCUACAGUGAUGGGACCCUCCUGGCUGGUGAUGUCUUCUCCGUGGGCUCUGGCUCACCCUAUGCUUAUGGUGUACUGGACCGUGGCUACCGCUAUGACAUGACUAUACAAGAGGCUUACACUCUGGCUCGCCAAGCCGUGGCCCAUGCUACCCGCAGGGAUGCCUAUUCAGGUGGCUCUGUGGACCUAUACCAUGUGAAGGAGAGUGGCUGGGAGCAAGUGUCUCGAGAGGAUGCCUGUAUGCUGUACAGCAGGCUGCAGGAGACUGGGGAACAGGAGGAAGAGACCACCCCUACAUCCUCCUGA